CCUCCGCCCCAACACACUAGCAGCAUGUUGUUCCCUCCUCGCUCCUACAUUCCUUCGCCCUUCUUCCACUUCCUCUUCAUCAAGUCACUCUUCUUCCAUCGCUACAUCCUCGCUGUUCGUGGGUGAAAUGAGCUGAAAAGUCCCGUGGAAGCUUCGCGAAGUCUUUCCCGUGACAGGACACAUUGAAGCUCCGUAUUAGCUGGUCUAAUGGCAGAAUGUACAAGUUGAACAACAGGUGUCCCAAAAUCGAGCCCUGAGGAACCCCCACAGGUCAAGGCCAUUUGGUCAGAGACACAGAGCAUGAGCUGACUGCUUCCAGUCCUUUCCACCUUCGCAGCUGAAGUCUUUUGGCAAUGGCACAGCCCCCUCUCUGAUCAGACGAUGAAAACCCACACCCGUGGGUCCCCUACAGUGUUCCUCAUAAGUCUGUUGCUGCUCCUGCUGCCUCCAACUGCAGCAGACCCUAGUGGAGGAAUCCUCUUCAUGGGAGGCAACUACAAUGGCCAUCCAAUGCUUUAUUUUGAUCGGGCAGAUGUUGUCGAGUUUCAGUUGGCAGCCGGAAGUACACAUAGGGAUAUGGCAAGGCGGAUCCGUGAGGCUGGCGAAACUAUGCUGGAACACCCAGAAGAGUACCUGCCUCCCUGGAGCCCCAUGGAGUUCAGUGCCCGAUGGAAUGAGGUUUACGGAAACAACCUGGGGGUGCUGUCCAUAUUCUGCCUGUUGUACCCGCACAGAGCAGGAGCAGUGGAUCUAGCCAUGGACUACAUGGAGAGGAUGGCAGCUCAACCUAGUUGGUUGGUUAAAGAUGCACCUUGGGAUGAAGUUCCUUUGGCCCACUCUUUGGUUGGGUUUGCCACUGCUUAUGACUUCCUGUUUGAGUACUUGAACAAGGACCAACAGGAACGAUUUCUUCAGGUGAUCGGCAAUGCAUCUCAUCUUAUGUAUGAGAAGUCCUAUACACGAGGCUGGGGAUUUCAGUACCUGCACAACCAUCAGCCCACAAAUUGUGUUGCUUUGCUCACAGGAAGCCUGGUUUAUAUGAUGCAAGGUUAUCUACAAGAGGCCUACUUGUGGACCAAGCAAGUGUUGGCCAUCAUGGAGAAGUCCAUGGUUCUACUUCAAGAUGUCACAGAUGGUUCUCUGUAUGAGGGAGUAGCCUAUGGGACCUACACUACCCGCUCCCUGUUCCAGUACAUGUUUUUGGUACAGCGCCACUUUGCCAUCAGUCACUUUGAUCAUCCCUGGCUUCUAAAACACUUCAAUUUCCUGUACAGGACUAUCCUUCCUGGAUUUCAGCGAACUGUAGCCAUUGCUGACUCCAACUACAACUGGUUUUAUGGCCCAGAGAGUCAGCUUGUCUUCUUGGACCGUUUUGUGAUGCGUAAUGGCAGCGGAAACUGGCUUGCCGAAUUGAUUCAUCAACACAGGAUCACGGAAGGCGUUGGACAGGCUGGGAAAGGCCAGAGAUGGUGUACUCUCCACACCGAAUUCCUCUGGUAUGACCCCGGCCUUUCUCCGAAACCCCCAUCUGAUUUUGGAACAUCACAGCUGCAUUACUUUGAAGACUGGGGCGUGGUGACUUACGGCAGUGCUUUACCUGCAAAUACGAAUCGCUCCUUUCUUUCCUUCAAGUCAGGGAAGCUCGGGGGACGUGCUAUCUUUGAGAUGGUUCACAAGGGCAAGUACAAGGAGUGGAUUAAAGGGUGGAGGAACUUCAAUGCCGGCCACGAACACCCUGAUCAGAACACUUUUACCUUUGCACCCAAUGGCAUUCCUUUCAUCACUGAGGGACUAUAUGGACCCAAGUACACUUUGCUGAACAAUGCUGUGUUGUUCGGCCCGGCCCUCUCGGGAACUUGCUUUAAGCCGUGGGCUGGCCAGGUGACGGAAUCCUGUGACUCCAAGUGGUUGAAAUACAAGGCAGGGUCUGCAGCUGACGCUCAGGGGAAAGUAGAAGCUGCCAUGGAGAAACAAGGGAUGGUCUUCAUCCGUGGGGAAGGUCGUUCCGCCUAUAAUCCAGACCUGAAGAUCCGCAACUUUCAGAGAAACCUCCUCCUACUUCACCCACAGCUCCUCCUGCUGGUGGACCACAUUCAUCUGGAUCCCGACAGCCCAUCCAGGGCCAUGAGUGCAUUCUUUCACAACACGGAGCUUCCAUUCCAGGAUAUAAAAGUGGACGGUUUCAAUGGAGCAUUUGUAUCACACAAAGACGACAAGUAUAAAAUGUUCUGGAUGGAUGACACAGGUCACGGUAAUAGAGGGAUUGUAGGUUACUGGAAUUAUCCACGAGGGUACCCGUAUAAUGGCUCGAAUUAUGUGAACGUCACAAUGCCGUUAAGAUACCCUCACACUCGAGUGGCCUACGUUUUUUUGGGACCAGACAUGGCUCUCAACAGCUUCAGCGUCCGUGGUGACAACCAAAGAGUGGACAUUUACCUGGCCACAAAAGACCACACCUACACCGUCUACCUGCUGACUGGAGAAGUCACCAGCAAGCCUCUUUUUGCCAUGGUGCUGCUGGACCAGAAGAAGAUCGUGUUUGAGAAAAAACCAACUGCGGCGGACAGCUCCCCUUCCGAAGUAGAGGAAUACGUCAACGUGAUGGAUGACAACCUCCAGCAUGUCAAGCCGGUCUUUCAGCAAAUGGAAAGACAUAUUCUUGGGAAGGCUCUAAAUACGGGCAGAUUCCGCAAGACCGCGGAGCGCCUGCUCCGGUUCUCUGACAAAAAGAAGACCGAGGGGGUCAUCGAGAAGCUGUUUGCCAUGUCCAAGAAACAGAGUAAGGAUAAGGGGAGCAAGAAAAUAAACCUUGGUGAGAAGCUCUCUGGGAGUCUGCCUGACAUAUUUGCACAGAUCGAGGUCAGUGAAAAACAAGUCCGACAGAGGACGUCCAAGCGUGUGUACGAAAACAGUCCAGAAGAGGGAGACGCAGACGCACAAGCCUUUCUAGAAUACACAGACAGCCGCAAAAACAGGAAAAGCGGCUUUGUGAAAGGCCGUAAAUUUAAAGAAAUUAAUAUGUUGGUGACUUCUGGAAGUCAACGGCCCAACUUAGCCUCUUACAUCCGACUGUUCCUCCUCCUGAACACUGCCACCUUCUUCUUGCUGCUGGCGGUCUUGUUGACUCGCUUCCAGCGGGGACGCAGCUUGAACACUCAGAGAUGUUUUUAUACGAUCGUAAUGGUUGACUGCUUGAUCUUAUUGUACCUCUACUCGUCAUGCUCUCACAUGCAGUGCUGACAUCCUUGGUUUAGCUGCAGACGAUCUCAGGCUUAUGAUAUCAACAAUGGAUAGGAAUUAUAGAAUAGAAUAGAAUAGAAUGAACUUUAUUGUCAUUAUAUUUGCAUAUAACGAGAUUAAAGACUCCAACUUAAGGUGCGAUAGUGGGAACAAAUAUGGGGUGAAAUAAAUGACAUAAGAGGUAAUAAAGGAAAAACUAACAAUUGAAAUAAACAGACUACUAUCCAAUAAAAAUAAUAAGCAAUUCUGUACAAUAUACAAAACACUAUAGAAGUACUAAAUACAAAUACUGUACAAUAUACAGAGCAAGACAGGAGUACCGAAGUAAUAAAUAACAAUCAGUGACGGACGUAUUGCACUUGAAGGGUAGUAUUGCACAGUAGGGUAUUGGGGCAUUAUAUUGUAUAGGGGUGAAUUAUUAUUAUUAUAAGUUAGAGUUCAACACGGUGACAGCUUUGGGAAAGAAGCUGUCUCUGAGCCUGUUUGUUCUGGCUCUGAUGCACCUGUAGCGCCUGCCUGAUGGUAGCAAGUCGAACAGGUGGAAGCCAGGGUGUGUGCUGUCCUUGGUAAUGUUUUUUGCUCUGUUGAGGCAACGGGAGUUGUGUAAGUCCUUCAGGGAGGGCAGGAGACAGCCGAUGAUUUUUUGUGCCGACUUUAUGACCCUCUGAAUCGCCUGUUUGUCUGCUUCAGUGCAGCUGGCGUACCACACUGUUAUGCAGUACGUAAGCAAGCUCUCGACAGCCGAGCGAUAGAAGGUCACCAUCAGCUGCCUCUCCAGUCUGUUCUUCCUCAGCACCCUCAGGAAAUGGAGUCUCCGCUGGGCCUUCCGCAUGACCGCAGUUGUAUUUUGGGUCCAGGACAGGUCAGCAGAUAUGAGGGUGCCGAGGAACUUGAAGGAGCUGACUCUCUCCACCUCCUCUCCGUUGAUGUAGAGGGGGGCGGGGUCUGCAGUGUUCUUCCUAAAGUCAAAGAUGAGUUCCUUGGUUUUUGUGGUGUUCAGUGCCAAAUUAUUCACUGAACACCACGCUGAUAGUUUCAGGACCUCAUCUCUGUAUGCAGACUCAUCCCCCCCUGUAAUGGGACCCACUACCGUUGUGUCAUCGGCGAACUUGAUGAUGGUCUUCUCCGAGUGGGCUGGACUACAGUCAUGGGUGUAGAGGGAGUACAGCAAAGCGCUCAGCACACAGCCCUGUGGGGAGCCGAUGCUGAGUGUGCGGGGGGAGGGAGAGGUGGGGGCCAAGUUUUACUGUCUGAGGUCGGUUGGUCAGGAAGUCCUUAAUCCAAAGACAGGUGGGUGAGGGUAGGCCUAAGUCCAGCAGUUUGGUGACCAGAAUGUCUGGAAUGAUGGUAUUGAAGGUGGAGCUAUAGUCAAUGAAAAGCAUCCUGACAUUGCUCCCCCGGUGUUCCAGGUGGCUCAGUGUGGAGUGGAGAGCCAUGGAUAUGGCGUCAUCUGUGGAUCUGUUUCCCCUGUAGGCAAACUGCUGUGGGUCUAGGGUGGGGGGGGAGGCAGGCUUUGAUGUGGUGGAGGACCAGCCUCUCGAAGCACUUCAUGAUGACAGGUGUGAGUGCUACUGGGCGAUAGUCAUUGAGGUUGUUUGUGGCAGCUUUCUUGGGUACCAGGAUGAUUGUGGCAGAUUUAAGGCAGGGUGGGAUGAAUGCCUGUGCCAAGGAGAGGUUGAAGAGGACGGUGAUAAUGUAGGAGAGCUGGUCGGCGCAUGUUUUGAGCACCUUCCCGGGUACACCGUCUGGACCAGUCGCCUUCCUGGGGUUCACUGCCUUGAGCACCCGCCUGACCUCGUGCUCCUCAAGAAUGAGUGUGGGGGGACUGGGGGUUGGAGGGUUUGGGGGUGCUGGUGGUAGUGUGGCUGUGACUGAUUGUGAUGUCUCAAAGCGUGCAAAAAAGCAGUUCAGCUCCUCUGCUAGCGUUGCAUCCCAGUCCCCGGUGACUGCGUCACAGCCUUUGUAAUUGGUGAUGUGCUGUAUGCCCUGCCACAUCUGCCGUGGGUUGUUGCUCGAGAGGUGGUCUUCGAUCCUCUCUUUAUAGUCCAUCUUGGCUUCUCUGAGUCCUCUCUUCAGGUCAGCACGCGCUGCGCUGUAUAGAGCACUGUCACCUGACCUGAAGGCAAUGUCCCGGGCCUCGAGGAGCAUGCUGACCUGGCAUGUCAUCCAGGGUUUCUGAUUUGGGUAAACCCGGAUGGUUUUUUUUCACAGUGACAUUGCUGAUACAGUACUUUAUGUAGGAUAGUACCGACUCUGUGUGUGUGGGCAGGUCUUGGUUUUUGAACACAUCCCACGCAGUUUGUGCAAAGCAGUCCUGUAGCUGGGGGAGUGCAUCCUCAGGCCAAGUUGUAACAGUAUUUAUUACUGCUUGUGUCCUUGAUCUGAGGGGGGUGUAAGCAGAGAUGAGCAGCAAAGAGAGGUGGUCUGACUGGCCUAGGUGGGGGAGUGGGAUGGCUCUAUAUGCCUCUUUGAUAUUACAGUAAACAUGGUCCAAAGUGUUUCCCCCUCUAGUAGGACAUUUAACAAACUGGUCAAAUUUAGGUAGUACUGUUUUCAAAUUGGCUUUAUUAAAAUCACCAGCAAUAAUGUGAGCACCAUUGGGGUGGGCACGCAGCUGUUUGUUUACUGUAUUUAGCAGUAGGGAGAGAGCCAUGGUAACAUUAGCAUCUGGUGGUAUGUAGACUGCCGUAAUGAUUACUACUGUUAGCUCUCUUGGCGGAAAAAAAGGUCGACAUUUAACUGAAAUAAACUCUAGGCCAAUAUAUGGUGCCUUUCCAGACACCCAUUUACAGUAAUAUCUGUUAUUCAUUUACUCUACAGCCACAUACUGGACUUGAAGCCACAGCUGACCUGGAGUACAGUAGAACCUCCAUUUACAAACACCUCUAUUUGCGACCAUUUCAGUUUACAAACGUUUCCAUGUUUACAUCGCGCCAAAUAGCUUCUGUGUGCGGACCACGAACACUCCAUUCAUUCAUUUUGCUUGCUGCUUAAUGCUACUUUAAUAACUUCUAACAACUUCUGACAAGUUUAUUUCCACAAUUGUCGUACCUUACGCCAGUCAGAGUUGUCAGCCUGUCUUAAAGAUCGCUUUGUGCGAUCAGAAAUGCUUUCGGUGUUCAAACUUUUAACAGUUUUACUGUAUAGCUUCGGGUUGCUCGACAAUCGCUUUGAGCUAGCAUUUUAUUCCGUUAACAAUCGGCUUCAGUUUGAGGAUUUUGUCAGCAAAGGGAGUCUUGUUCCGCAGUAAGUUUUGAUAGGGAUGAGACUAAAAAAGAUGCCACAGCAAACCUUUAUUACAGCAAAGUAAGCACUACGGGACACAAGCCGAUGAAGGACCGCUAGUUUGUGCUAACGCCAGCGGUCACUAAGUGAAGCCACUGCUUAUUUGUCAGUCUGAAACUCCGAGUGUUCACCAAUGCCACAAGUAAUCCCAGACACAAGAUAUAAUGAUUUUACUUUGUUUUUUUGGUGGGUUUGGAGCGCACCAACAAGACUUGUGUUAGUGUUGACAUUUAAUCUUGCUGUAAUGUUGCUGUAUUGUUUGGAUAAAAUAGAGAUUGUCGAGCCAUUACCCUCGUUGACAUAAACUGUAUACAUUCUGUACAUUACAGUGUCUUUAAAGUGUGUAGUUUUAACUAAAAUGUGGAUUUUGGUCGAGGCUAGAACCAAUUAUUCAUGUUUACAUUGAUCCUUAUGGGGAACACUGCUUCACGAUAGAAACUUUUCAAGAACCAGUUAUGUUCGUAAAUAGAGGUUACACUAUAUACAGUAAAUCCCCACAUAUUGGUAGAUUGGCAUUCAGCAUAUUUCAUACUUGCCAACCCUCCCGAUUUUCCCAGGAGACUCCAGAAUUUCAGUGCCCCUCCCGAAAAUCUCCCGGGGCAAACAUUCUCCCGAAUUUCUCCCUAUUUCCACCCGGACAACAUUAUCGUGAUCGUGCCUUAAAGGCACUGCCUUUAGCGCCCUCUACAACCUGUCGUCCCGUCGCUUUUCCUAUGUACAAACAGCGUGCCGACCCAGUCACAUAAUUAUAUGCAGCUUUAACACACACAUAGGUGAAUGCAAUGCAUACUUGGUCAACAGCCAUACAGGUCACACUGAGGGUGGCCAUAUAAACAACAUUAACACUGUUACAAAUAUGCGCCACACUUGUGAACCCACACUAAACAAGAAUGACAAACACAUUUCGGGAGAACAUCCGCACCGUAACACAACAUAAACACAACAGAACAAAUAACCAGAACCCCUUGUAGCACUAACUCUUCCGGGACGCUACAAUAUACAACACCCCCCCAUCUCCCGAAUUCGGUGGUCUCAAGGUUGGCAAGUAUGGCAUAUUUGCAAAUUUUCCUCUCAAAGUAUUACGUUUUUACAAAUAUUUUAUUGGCGAAAAACGCGUUUGUGUGUUUUCUUUACAAAAAAAUUGUUUUUUUUAAAAAACAAAACAAAAACAAAGUUGUAUUUUUAUUACCAAUUUACUAAAAAAAGUAACUCGCUGA